GGCACUUCCGUGUCAUCGAGAGACCGAAUUCGGAAACGGAAGCGUGCAGAAGCGAUUAAUAACGCAUGGUGAUUGGUCACUCGUCACCUCUCGUCGCGCCGUACACCCCGCAGCAGCCAACGAAGGAGCGCACCCAGGCAGCAAUUUGGCGCGACAUAUCCGGUUGUAGGCAUCAGAGGAAGUAUUUUUCUAAUUGCGCCAGACUGAGGAACAUCGCUCGGCGUCGCGACGUUUCGCGGCGCAGAUCAGGCAGUGUAAAUUUAAUUGCCCGUCGUCGGCCGCGCGCGAUUAUCCUCGCGUUCCUCGACGUGCCACGACCUGUCGCGCUUGAUAGGCGGAUCUUCGCAAACGCGAACGGUUGAUGUUUCGAUUCCGGUAGUUCCGGCCGAGUGCGGCAGCAGCUAAGGCGACCACGGGGAACGCACGCACGCGGAGUAGCGAUCGUACGCGCGUGUACGCGGUGUGUGUGGCGUGUCGUACGCGGCCGUGUGUGCGCGACAGAUAACUAUUUUUUUAAACCCGUCCCGAGCCCGGUCCGCGGUGUCGGAGCAGCGCGCGGUGCGUCGUGCGGCGUGUCUCGCGUGUCCGCAGUAUCCCAGGAUAAUACCCGCUAGCCGUUGUGGGCCGGCUGCUGUGCCGAAACAACUGAUUAACAUGGCGAACACCAUAGCACCAGACUCGUGGGAACAGCAGGCGGACAGCAACGGCGACAUCGUCGGCCCGCCGCAGGACGAGCAGGACGAGCAGGACGAGUCGUCGAUCGACAGCUCGUUCUCCACCCUGAACGUCAACGCUGCGGAAUUCGUGCCUUCCUUCUGCAUGAGCUCGACGUCGCAGAACAACACUGCGGCGCCGACCGACAGCAGCCCCUGCAUCGUCAACGCCACCGAGAUGAAUACCGUAACCACCAGCACCGUCACCACCACCACCUCCAUGCCCGUCGAGCUACAUCAUGAAAAUUCUACUCCCGUUGUCCCAUCAGAUCCAAUUGGCAGUCGAGUUGAGGAACCUCCUGCUGGGGGAGGGGCUCCACCGCCGAAUGUCAACGAUCAAUUAAAUACCAGCCCAGAGCACCAGCCUGCAGAUUCUUGGGAAGAAGCAGCCGUAGAUGGUGAUCCUUUGCUCACGCCUGAGAAUGAAGAGGCUGAUAACGACGAAGACGAGGAGCUGGUUGUUAAAGUACCUAAAAAGAAACCUGUCAAAGUAGCGGAAGAUACCAAAAGCAAAAAGGAACAUGUUAACGUUGUUUUUAUAGGACAUGUGGACGCUGGGAAAUCAACGAUUGGAGGCCAAAUCAUGGCGCUUACAGGGAUGGUCGACAAACGCACGUUGGAGAAGUACGAGCGGGAAGCGAAGGAAAGAAGUCGGGAAACAUGGUACUUAAGUUGGGCGCUGGACACGAAUCAGGAGGAGAGGGAGAAGGGAAAGACCGUGGAAGUGGGUAGAGCUUACUUCGAAACAGAACGAAAGCACUUUACGAUAUUAGACGCACCCGGCCAUAAAAGCUUCGUACCCAACAUGAUCGGCGGAGCGGCGCAAGCCGAUCUGGCGGUCCUUGUUAUCUCGGCGAGGAAAGGCGAAUUCGAGACGGGCUUCGACAGAGGGGGUCAAACGAGGGAACACGCUAUGCUCGCCAAAACCGCAGGCGUCAAACAUUUGGUUGUAUUAGUAAAUAAGAUGGAUGACCCUACGGUUGAGUGGGACGAGGGACGAUACAAUGAAUGCAGGGAUAAGAUACUGCCAUAUCUACGUAAAUUAGGAUUCAAUCCUGCGAAAGACCUUACGUUCAUGCCGGUUUCCGGUCAGCUCGGUAUCGGCCUGAAGGAUCCGAUACCCGAACAUCUUUGUAACUGGUACAGCGGCCCACCGUUCAUACCCUUCAUCGAUUCACUUCCCUCGCUCAAUCGUAAGAGUAACGGGCCUUUUAUCAUGCCGAUCGUCGACAAGUACAAGGACAUGGGGACCGUUGUUAUGGGCAAGGUCGAGGCGGGAGAAGCCAAAAAAGGACAGUCGUUACUUGUUAUGCCAAAUAGGACGGCAGUGACAGUGGACCAGCUGUGGUCGGACGACGAGGAGGUGACGUCCGUCGGGCCCGGGGAGAAUGUGAAGAUCAAGCUGAAGGGCAUCGAAGAGGAAGACGUUAGUCCGGGAUUCGUUCUGUGCGACAGCAACAACCCUAUCAAAACCGGCAAGGUCUUCGACGCGCAGGUCGUAAUAUUAGAACACAAAAGUAUCAUCUGCGCGGGGUACAGCGCCGUGAUGCACAUUCACUGCGCCGCGGAGGAAGUCACGGUGAAGGCGCUGAUCUGCCUGGUGGACAAGAAGACGGGCGAUAAAAGCAAAACGAGGCCAAGGUUCGUCAAGCAAGACCAGGUGGCUAUAAUGAGAAUCGAGUGCGCGGGCGUCAUAUGUCUCGAAAGAUUCAAGUUGUUCCAACAAAUGGGUCGCUUCACUCUUAGGGAUGAAAAUAAAACUAUCGCAAUCGGCAAGGUGCUGAAGGUGGUCGAGUAAAAAGGAAACUUGCUUAAGUGUUACGACAGAUUAAUAAUAAACAAAAAAAAAUGAUCAUUAUUUCAAUGUGACAAAUAUAUGACGAUGCAAGAGC